AUGACAAUUCCUCAGGGUCUAACUCUACCUCCUUCUAUUUGUGCAGAUACAACUAUGGUGUGCAGGCUACACAAAUCCAUCUACGGAUUAAAGAAAUCCUCUAGAAAAUGGUAUCAGAAAUUAUCAGAUGCUCUCAUUCACGAAGGCUUCACUCAAUCUCAAGCAAAUUAUACUUUGUUUACCAAAGGAUCAAACAAUACUUUCAUUGCUCUCCUCGUGUAUGUCGACGACAUCAUCAUCACCGGCCCCAACCUGCCUCUUCUACACCAACUACAAGACUCUUUGCACACUCAUUUCAAACUUAAAGCACUCGGGCCACUGAAAUAUAUUUUGGGAUUUGAAAUCGCUCAAGCACAAGAAGGACUUUUUCUGUCCCAACGCAAAUACAUUCUACAACUUCUCGAUGAUACAGGGUACACAGGAAGCAAGCCUGCGAAGACCCCUAUGGACCCUCGAAUCAAGUUGGAUGAUGAACAAGGAACCCUUCUUGAAGACCCUUCCUCAUACCAACAACUAAUUGGCCGCUUACUCUACCUCACAUUAUCACGGCCAGACAUCACAUAUGCAGUAAACAAUCUCAGCCAGUUCAUGUCUCAUCCCCGCACUCCUCAUCUGCAGGUUGUACAUCAUCUGCUUCGAUAUCUCAAGGGUAGCCCCGGGCAAGGGCUUCUAUACUCAGCCAAAUCUUCUUUGCACCUUCGGGGUUUUUCAUAUUCGGACUGGGCUUCAUGCCCCAUUACUCGGCGCUCGACCACUGGAUUUUGCAUCUUCUUGGGCGACUGCCUCAUUUCAUGGCGCACAAAAAAACAACCCACCAUUUCCAAGAGCUCUGCUGAAGCAGAGUACCGGGCCUUGGCUGCUACUAGUAGUGAAAUCACCUGGCUCCAAUAUUUACUAGCUGAUUUCCACAUUCCACAAGACACUCCAGCUUUCAUUUACUGCGACAACCAGUUCGCCAUUCAUAUCGCCAACAAUCCUACCUUCCACGAACGAACAAAACAUAUUGAGCUAGACUGUCAUUUUAUCCGAGACAAGAUUAAACAAUCAACUAUCCACCUAAUACUUGUUAAUAGUACCUUACAGCUUGCUGAUGCUUUCACCAAGCCAUUACCUUCCACUACUCUUACUUCUCACAUAGCCAAGAUAUCUGUAUAUGACAUAUACAGUCCACCUUGA